UAUGAUCCCAAAUUAAUGUUCCCAUGCCCAAUCUCUAAGCACAAUCAUGAGCUUGGAUCUUGUACAGAGUUUUUUAAAAUGACUGUGAAGGAUAGGUUGAGUGUUUGUCGAUCAAAGAUCUGUUUCUGCUGCCUGGGCCCCUGGGACAAGUGCCGGCCUUCUUGUAAUCGAAUAGCUGCUGUUCCUGUCAGACUGGUUUGUCAGGAUUGUAUUGUUUCUACUAAUUCCAUUCAAAGAAAUAUCUUGAUAUGCAAGUCUAGUGAUCACACUAAGCCAAGUGGUUCCUCACUUGCACAAGACAUAGCUAAGUAUUUAAAGGGAUUCGACCAAAAGAUGAUGGCACCGUUGAUUUCUUCGUCUACAACCAAAAUGGUUGCUAUGACCAAAGGACAAAAAGGCUCCAAGAUUGGUGAAUCUCUAACAAUGCCAACUUUCUCAAGUGCACCUAACCCCAGAUCUGUUGUCCCAGUAAUCAAUACACGGACUGGUAAUGCUGUUGAUGUCAAUCGCAGGGAUAUAAUAAGAGAAAGUUUUGAAGAAGCAACUUACAUACUUCAAAUCUUCAACCUUCGAGGAUUUGAUUGCUUAUCCUUUUAUGAUAGAGGUGCUAAUCAGCAUUUAAUUGAAGGUGAUUUAGCAGAGAGGGCUAAAUUGAAGGUGCUAAAUCCCAAAAGUGUACCUAUAGGAGUGGUUGGUGGUAGUAGAAUUUGGACUGAGUACGGAAUGUAUAGUGUAAUACUAGGUCCUGAUAAUGAUAACAAAUAUCAUGAGCUAAACUGUCAAGGUAUAAAAAAAAUCACAGGAGAUCUACCUGCCUAUGAUUUAGCUGCAUUGAACCAGGAAGUUCAAGCAUGUAAAAAAUUACCUGAUGGAGAGAAGCUUCCUCAAUCAAUAGGUGGUUCUGCUAUCAAUUUAUUAAUUGGUAUCAAGGAUGCUACUUUAGACCCUGUAACCUUGUGGUCACUGCCAUGUGGAUUGACAGUUUAUCGCAGCCAAUUGACAGACAAAUUUGGUUCAAAUAUCUGUUAUGGUGGCCCCCAUUCACUCUUCACUGAGGUGAAUAAACUGGUUCAUGGAGAGAUAAAUAUGAUCAAUGUAUUUUUUUCCAAACUAGUAACUGAUUACCACAAUUCGAUCUAUUCUGGUUUAGUGUCGCAAGAAUUGGACUAUGAUUAUGAUGGUGAGUUGCCUAUUGCUAAGCUGAGAUACAAGGAUAAUAUUUUCUGUCUGAAAGCUGAUGAUGAGGCAGAAAUUGCUGUUUAUCCUACUCCUAUAACAUUGGAUGAUACAAAAAUAUUUGAUCCACAGUACAUA